AUGAAUCAAUCAAUUUUAAAUCAUUUAUUUCUUCCACAUGAUCUAUCAUCAUUAGAAAUUGAUUAUCUUAUGGAAUCUAGAAACCAAAAUGAAUACAAAAUACUUGAAUUUAUGAAUGAUUUUAUAAAAUCACUGGAUACAACGAAUGAAUUGCCAGUCAUAUCAACCCUUCGGAAAUGCAUUGAACGUUGGUCCAUUAUUCAAAAUAUGGAAAACUGCAUUGCAUCAAUGUUACAAUCAACGAUUCAACAGUUAACACCAGGUGAUUUUCUUCCACUCUAUUUUCUUGCUCAAAAUGCUGCAAUUUUGAUUGAAAUUGAUGAAAAUCCUCCUCAUCAACCAUUGAUUUCGUCCUGGCAAGUUUUAUUACCAACACAAAAUAUAACGUCAUCAUUAGAACCACAUUUCUCUUGUUUUCCGGUUCCUACAUUUCGAUUGCCAGAUCGAUCUCAAUUGCUAUCUCGUGCUCAUUGCGAACUACUUGUAGAGUUCAUGAACAAUACAAUCGAGUUUUCGAAAGCUACCAAAGCAUCAUAUUCUUUUAAUAACACUCUUGAAGUACCCAUAUCGCAUUAUGUAUGUCAAUGGUGGAUCAUGCAAUUUCAAGGAGUUCAAAUCAAUAAUCAAGUCAAUGAACCUGUCUCGUUUAGGAAAAAACAUCGUGAUCAAAUCCGAUAUAAAUAUUCAUCAUUUCCGUUUCGACGAUCAGGCCUAUGGAUGACAAUCAAAGUUGUUUUUCAUACCAUUCUCAAUAAACGUUUGGGAAAUAUUGGUACUAUCGUUUAUAAAUUACUUAUUACUAACUUUUUAAUUUAUUCUAUUUCCACAAGACAAAUAUCGAUUGAAUUACUAGUGCAUUGUCUACGAAAAAUUGUACGAAGACUGAAUAAGAUUGAAGUAUUAUUAUCAAGAAUGGAUUCGAGUAAUAUAACUCCAUGGAUACAAAAUACAACAGAAGAAAUAAAACAGAAAAUUGAUCUUCUGAUACCUAAUCCGAAUUGGCAAACACCCAUUGAACAAAAAGAACUACAAAAAUUAUCAAAAGUUUACUUAGAUUCUGAUCAACUAGAAGUCUGUCAACAUUCAUGUAAGAAAUUAAGAUCUUAUCUUCAGCAUACCAGUACAUCGCUUCGGCAAAACUCUUACGGAUAUACUUCGGCACAGAUGACAUUAAAUAGUGUUAUUCAUGGAGAUGGUACAUUACCUAGAGUUUCGGAUUUAAUCAAUCAUGAUAAUGAUAACAAGUGUAUCGCAUUGGCACAUAUUGAAAAUUGGGUAUGCUUCUGUUUAGAACGAUGGAUUAAUCGCUCAUUACUAUCGCAAAUUGGAUAUAAGUGUUUUGAAAGUUUACAAUCCUUUUAUGAAGAUUAUGAAAGUGAAGCUUUGGAUUUUUAUUAUUCGAACAAUAAACCAACAGAUCCUGCGGGUUAUAGCCGAUUUAUUGUAACAUCAUUGACAAUAAUUUACCUUAUGCAUAAAAAGUUGUGUGAAGAUACACAAUAUAAACGAUUGGAAUUACAUACCAUUCGAAUUCCGAAUAUUUUAGACAUUUUUGAAUUUUUAGUUUUACCCAAUCGAGACGAUAUGAUUCGAGCUCGAGAUUUAUACGAUUAUUUUCGAGAAUUCAAUGGAAAACAAUAUCCAGAUCUGUUAAGUAAUAUU